AUGGCAGAUGUCCACUGGUGGCAGAGCAGACGAUUCUUACCUUUCGCUGGCAAACUCACUCGAACAGCAUCACAAUUAAGUGUAAAACAAGAGUUCGAGGAGGAACUUUGUGGAACAAACGAGGAGAAAGAGCGACGACCUCUACUGGACGCUGUUUUCAAAAAGCCUCAAGAUGGGUUACACAGAGCAGACAUCAGUGAAGAUCUUCAUUCCGAGAAGCAGGAGUGGCGCUCCAGGGUGGAGCAGCAGGAGCCACAGCGUAGCCACAUUAAAGAGGAAGAGGAGGAGGCUGACGUCACCAAGUUGCCGUUCACUUGUGUCAUUGUGAAGAUUGAAGACGAAGACGAGUGUGAUGAAGAGCAAUGUGGAGGAUCACAAGCAGACAGCCUCUUGGCUCCUCUAUCAGACAGUGACGACAUAACGUCACACUCUCCUGACGAUGAUGACGAUGACGAGGAUAAUGAUGAGGAUGAUGAACACCCUAGAGGUGAUAUGACAUGUCACACUGACAACAAACAUGUGAAAUGUUAUCAGUGUGGCAAAACCUUUUUCAACAAGUCAUCGUUGAAAAGACACAGGAGAACGCACACUGGAGACAAACCGUUAAGUUACUCAGAUUGUGGUAAAAGAUUUGCUGAGAAGGCUGUGGGUAAACCUUUUGCCUGCUCAGUUUGCCCCUUAAGUUUCCGCAGGCGUUGCAAUUUAAUUACACACACAAGAACACACACCGGAGAGAAACCUUUUGCCUGCCUGGUUUGUUCAAAAAGAUUUGCACGUAAAGGACCUUUGAACGUUCACAUGAGAACGCACACCGGCGAGAAACCUUUCGCCUGCUCACUUUGCAGUAAAAGAUUUGCUCGUAAGGCACAUCUGAACAUACACACAAAAACACACACAGGAGAAAAACCUUUUGCCUGCUCAGUCUGCAACUUAAAUUUCAGUGAACGUUCAGGAUUGGUGCUACACAUGAGAACACACACUGGGGAGAAGCCCUAUUCCUGCUCAGUUUGUGGAAAAAGAUUCGCUCAAAGUCGCAAUUUGACGACACACAGAAGAACGCACACUGGGGAGAAGCCAUUUAGUUGCAGUGUGUGUGAUGAACAAUUCUCUUAUAAGUAUCAGAUGGUCAAACAUAAGUGUGCUGGUAAGAAGAGCAGUGGUCAAUGAAGCUGUAGAACUUUAAGUGAAUUGCGACAAAAGACCAUGGACUAUCAAGCUCAGAAAGUUUUAAGUAUUUACGGUAAGAUGGAAACCCUGCAUAUUUGUGUUUCGGCAUUUGCCUAUUCGCAUAUUUCUUUGCAGCCUAUAAUCCUUUAUUUGUUGAAAAACUCACCUGUUCAAUGUUUUGUGCUCAGGCCAUACCAAUAAAAGCAUUUAUUUGGUGCCA